AGGCAGCUGUAACGUGUAGGCUUUGUUCUAGUGAAGUGCUCCGGUUCGGAAAGGUCGACUUGUGUUCGCGCCUGCAUAGCCCUCCCCAGAAAUGGGCGGUCUCCAGGAGUUCUACACGGUUCCUGAUAUUGUAAAGCAAUGGGCGCAUUACUUCUACCGACACAUCAGGGAACGCAACAUUCCGGAGAUUCAGUCGAUGUAUGAGAUCUCCUUCCUGAAGCUCAGCGACCGCUACUACAAGGCCUCGCCAUGGCCAGAGGUGCAGCACAUCGCGGAGGUGGUGGACCACGACCACGUGUUCUGUCUGCUGUACAAGGAGAUGUACUUCCGCCACCUGUACGCGCGCUGCCAGCCCACCCUGCGCGACCGCUGCGAGUCUUGGGACAACUACAUCGACCUGUUUGGCCUGCUGCUGACCAGCAACGUCAACAUGCAGCUACCCAACAUCUGGCUGUGGGACAUGGUGGACGAGUUCCUCUACCAGUUCCAGUCAUUCUGCCAGUACCGCGGCAAGGUGCAGAGCAUGUCGCCCGAGGAGAUUGAGAACCUCAAGAAGUGCGACAAGGUGUGGAACAUUGUGGAGGUGCUCAACAUCCUGCAGGCGCUGGUGGACAAGUCCGGCAUUGUGGCGGAGCUGGAGGGAGACGGCGGCGCGCGGCUGAGCCAGCUGGAGGGCUACUACCCGCAGAGCUCCAACGUGCUGCGCAUGCUGGGCUACUUCGCGCUGACCGGGCUCAUGCGCGUGCACUGCCUGGUGGGCGACUACUUCACAGCGCUCAAGGCCAUCUACCCGCUCAACCUACACGAGCGCACGCACCUCUUCACGCCGCGCAUCCCCGGCGCCCACAUCACCCUCUUCUACUACGGCGGCUUCUCCUACCUCAUGCAGCGCCGCUACCUGGACGCCGCCCGCUGCUUCAACGCGGUGCUGCUGUACAUCUACCGCGUCAAGGCGGCGCACCGCAACAGCCCGCAGUACGAGCAGAUGCUCAAGAAGAACGAGCAGAUGUACAGCCUGCUGGCGGUGUGCCUGGCGCUGUGCCCCGCGGCCGCCAAGAGCCUGGACGAGAACGUGCUCAUGCAGCUGCGCGAGCGCCAGUCCGACAACAUGGCCGCCAUGGCGCGCGGCGACAUCGACCUGUACGACAGCCUGUUCCGGGACGCCUGCCCCAAGUUCGUCACCUCCACGCCGCCCGCGUACGACCAGGCCACCACCAACACCAACCAGCUGGCCUUCCGCGCGCAGCUGAACUCGUUCCUGCUGGAGGUGCGCAGCCAGCAGACGCUGCCGCAGCUGAAGCAGUACCUGCUGCUGUACAGCAGCAUCGCGCUGGGGCGGCUGGCGGCGCUGAUGGACGUGGAGGAGGGCGCGCUGAGGCAGCAGCUGCUGUGCCUCAAGGCCAAGCAGCGCCAGCUCAAGUGGGACGGCGGCAAGGACAUGACCGCGGGCACCUGGACUGUGGCCAGCGACCUGGAGUUCCACAUUGACGUGGACGCCGCCACCGGCCGCGAGAUGGUGCUGGUGUCGGACAGCCAGACCGUGGCCACCUACGCGCCCCUGCUGGCGCACCACAUCUCCCGCUUCGAGGAGAUCGUGCGCGACCUGUCGCUGCCGCCGCCCGUGGCCGCAGCCGCUGCCGCCGCGCCCGCCGCCGCGGCUGCGCCGGCCGCUGCGCGCGCGUAAGGGCUUAUGGAGUGGAGCACCGGGCGUGUGUUCUUGCGGAGUGCGUGGUUUUUUCGGGGAAGAUGGGGUCGAGGGCUUGGGGAUGUAGAAAGGGAGGGGUAGGGGCCAGGAAGGGAUAAAUGGAGGGUGAAUGACCGUUGUGUGCAGGACUGGCUUGGCAGCCUGUUUGACCGAGGUGGUCGUGCGUGUGCUGUGUUGUUGUGGUGAGGUGGACGCUUGGUCGGUGCGCGGGCGCUGAGGAGGUCGAGGUUUAUUUAGGUAGACGCCCAGAGGCGUGUAGCCAGGGCAAGAACUGCAUUACGAGUGAAACGUAGCAAUUCCAGGUUGAGUAGUGCCUGCCGGCGCGCAUUCGCAGGAUGAUGUGACAGGGGGCCUGAGAUGGCGGGGAGGCGCGUGCGAGCGCUGAAGGGCCAGUUCGGCCCGUAGCACCCAAGGCGCAGCGCUCACUGGCGCAAUGCAAUGUUAAAUGCAAAUUACA